AAGCCAACCAAUUACGUGUUUCCGUUUGAGAACGACUUUAUCAAUGGUUCUUUAACAAAAAUUUUUCCAACAAAAAACAUAAAACCCAAAUUGCAAAAACCCAUUACUACGACUUGGAAUUAAAACUUUCUUCACAGAACCCAGAACCCAGGUAGACAUGAACCAUGCUUCAAACUUGCCGCGACGAGAAAACGGUGGGGCUCAGUAGCAAAACAAGUUUGUGAAGAGAAGUUUAUCCCGAAAUUUGUCUCCACUUUAGUGCAUUUCAGUGAUUUUUCCAGUCCCAAAAGCGCCCCAACGAUUGAGUAAACAUGUGGAAAAUUGUGGUUUUUUCGACGCUAGUCGCGGGGUUUUUCUUCGUUCACCAGGCCCAGACGUGCAAUGAGGCGGUGUGUGGGAGCAUCGUCAGCAAGUGCCUCUUGACGCAGUCCUGCAAGUGCGAUUUCUCCUUCGAAAACUGCACUUGUUGCAAAGACUGUUUCAACUGUCUCAGCUACCUGUAUGCAGAGUGUUGCUCCUGUGUGGAUAUGUGCCCGAAACCCAACGACACUGAGGGCGCCCUCAACAAGAAAUCUAAUGUUGAGGAUUUUAUGGAGCCCGUCCCUGCCCUCUUCAACACUUUAACUGAAUUCCCAGAUAAUGAACUUCGUUGGAACAGCACAACUUUCCCCAUUGAUAUCGACACGAGUCAAUAUGGACCCAAAAAGGAGAUAAAAAUUCACAUGCAAAGUGCCGAGCAAGAGGUGGCCCCCAUUAAAACAAAUGUCAUAACUCUCAAUUGCACCGUUGCCUUCAUGUCAAAAUGUAUGAGUUUGACCAAGUGCAGGGCCGGCUGCCAGACCAUGGGUGCUUCCAGCUACCGAUGGUUCCACGACGGGUGCUGCGAGUGCAUAGGACAGCACUGUAUCAAUUAUGGGAUUAAUGAGAGCAGGUGUCGCGAAUGCCCCCUGAAGGACGAAAUUGAAGAGGCGGAUUACGACUACGACUAUGGCCAAAAUUCGGAAGAAUUUGAUUAAUUAUUAUCAUAAUUAUUAUCAUAUUGUAUAUUAAUAAUAUAGGAGAGUAGGAUAGGUAUUUGAUUUAAAAUAGUAGCCCCCAAAACGCUUUAAAUUAAAGACUUAUUGAAAUUGGGAACUUUCAACUUGUUUUAUAAGUUAUUCAGAUUUUAUAUAGAAAAAAAAUAGACGUGUUGUAUACUAAUACUUGUACAUUUUAUUAUCAGUAUAAGAAGUAUAUAAAAUGUUACUUCAGGACCAGAGCGGAAAUAUUAAAAAAGGACCAAAAACAGGAAAAAAAAUUGCUAAAAAAUCACUAAUUUUUAUCCACCCCAAAAAUGAAGUCAAUUCAUAGUGGUCGAUGUAAAUUUGUAAAAACUGAGUUGUGUAAACCCGACUUUAACAUCCAAUUGCUUUUUUUUAAUAACAGUACUGAAAAAAUAUGGUUAGAAUAUCUAAUAUACAAAAUCUAUUGCGCCUGUCAGAAUUGUUGACACAAUUUAGUUACUUCUGUUACCAACAUAGGCAUAACUCACUCUAGAGGUGGCGGACAUAUUAAAAAUAUGGUUGAAAAUCGUUUAAAAUCAAACAUAAUUACCUGAAAAGCACCCAAAAAACCUUAAAACGGGUUUUUGUUCCGUACCAAAAUUGACACAUACAAAAAUCACUAAAAAAUAACCAAAUUUUUGCCAUCUUUACUUUGCAAUUACGUCUAGGGAUAUUUAUUAGAUUGGUAUCUAUACCAAAGUCUUUUUACCUUCUUUUAACUGUCGCUCAUUGUGAAUUUAAGAUAAAAGAUUUUUUUACGAUAAGUGGCAGUUUAAAUUUAUAAAUCUAGAUUUAACCUGUCACCAACCCAACAGCAAAAAAAUCUAAAUUAUGAUGAAGUAUUUAUUUACGUUUUUUUGGGGUUUUUAUAAAAAAUAUUGUACCUAAUUUGGAAUAUCUCUUUCUUGUUGAAUGUGUGAAAUGAAAAUGGAAUUCAUUAUUUUGUGGUCACGCGAGGAUCAUCACACGAAAAUCAAUAUUUAUUUACAACCACUAAUGUAAUAUACAGGAUUGCCAACGUUAAGAUUGUAAAUUCUUUUUUCAAAUUAAAAAAUUAUGCCCAGACUUAUUUUUUAGGUUUUUUUCGGUUGUUUCAUAUCGCUUUUUGGUCGUUUUUUAACGAUAUUUCCGCCCUGGGAAUCGCACUAGUAUAAAAUUUUAAUAUAGGUAAUAAAACAUUUGGUAAAAAAUAAA